GGGCGACGUGACAUCAUCCCUAAAGCCUUUGGAUUCCAGCUCGGGAUCUUCCUGCGCUGUUUCAUGUAAGGAUCUAGGAAGUAGUCCCGCUAUCUGAAUCGACUUGUCUUUAGUUUUUAAAACAGCAGAAGCGGAAAGUUUCUUCUCUAUAUAAGCCAAAAAUCUCAGCGAGAGUAUGUCUUUCGUCCCAGGUCAGCCGGUGACUGCUGUUGUGGAACGAGUUGAGAUUCAGAAGCUGCGGCAAGGAGAGAAUCUCAUCCUUGGCUUCAGCAUCGGAGGAGGGAUAGACCAGGACCCCGGGCAGAAUCCCUUCUCUGAGGACAAGUCAGACAAAGGCAUUUAUGUGACCAGGAUAUCACCUAAAGGCCCAGCAGACUUGGCCGGCUUGAAGAUGGGAGACAAAAUAAUGCAGGUGAACGGUUGGGACAUGACCAUGGUGACUCAUGAUCAGGCUCGUAAAAAACUAACAAAGAAGAGAGAGGAUGUGGUACGACUGCUAGUAACCAGGAAGUCGCUUGAGGAGGCUGUCAAACACUCUAAGUGCUCUUAUCCCAAACACUAGUGUGGUGGCUCUACUUUUACACAGACUAAUGCCAUAGCCAAGGAAUGAAGACUCACUUGGAGAACACAUACUACCCCAAAUAGUUGCACCGUGGCCUUUAUACUCCAGUAAUGCAAAAAUAGAUAAGUAAACAAACUGAGACAGAUCAGUUUGUUCAUUCAGAUCAGUCUGUAGAAAAUGAGACUGUUAUCUGUUUUGUUUUUUUUCUCUCAUUUGUGGCAUAUCCAAUUAUAACUGAUCUCAGUAAAUUAUGUGAAAUGACGCUGCUUGAAUAACAGCAUUUGAGAUAUUUGUAGCGAUUAUCAUCAUUUGUACUUAAAGCAAUUUAAAUUAGCAUUUUGAGAACAUUUUAUAGACCGGUUCUUCUGCAAGGAGUGUUAAGUCAUUCACACAUUUAGAAUUUAUUUGUUAAGUAAUUUGUAAUUUGUCCACAAGGUUAUUUGGGAACAAUCCGAGUUUAAUUUGUUUUCCAGCAGCUGACCAAAAUUUAACUGGACACACUGGAUACACCCGGAAAAAUUCACUGUUGUUUAUUCAUCUCAGUUAAAGAACCAAUAUUUUUCUGCCACUAACACAGCAACAAAUGCCAAAGUAAAAUCAAAGUUUGUGUAAUUUAGUAUUUCCAGUUUUCUUUUUCUUUAAAUAAUGGUACAGUGUAUUGUAUAAAAUCUAUGCAAAAAAUGUCAAUAGAGCCAAUUUCCAAUGUGUUUUUUUUCCUAAUGAUAAUUCUACUGAUGCAUCACAUUUUUCAAGUUGCAUUCAGUGUAACAUCCUCUCAUCUGUUAAAGUAACUACACAGCCAGAAUUACAGUAAAGGUGUUUCAUAUGAACAUUACUUCACAUGUUGGAUGUUUCUGGAUGCACACUUGUCAAAUCGGCUUUCUCAUUUUCGGCAUAUUUGCUUCCAGUUACCUUUUAUCGGCUUCAGAAAGAGAACGAUGCUUUUUUUUUUUUUUUUUUUUUUCCUGGAGGAGAUGAUAUUCAGCAGUUAGCUCCACUGAGACUGUUUCGAGGUUUAAAUAGUUUUGUUUCUUGUCACUGAACAAAAGUCCAGUUUGAAACUGUAAAUCAGCCAAGAAGGAGUGAAUGUUGUUUGUUAACUUGAAAAUGUGCACAGCAGCCUUAAAUGUAUUAACACUAAGUUUUAAUAAUUCAUUUCCAAUUUACCAGUGUGGUAUGAUCUCAUUAGUGCAUCUUUCCUGCAACAUGUAAUAAAUGACACUGGAGAUGA